UCAACAUAACAAAAUGUCCCACGGGCCGCCAGCGGAUUACUCUGAUGGGCCGUGUGCCAAAGGUUGCAGAUCCCUGAGCUACAGUACAUACAUGCUUAUACAAAACUAGCAUUGUAAUUCUGAGCUCUAGAUUAGAAACCUGAGCCAAAAGAACAAACUAGCUGUAUAUGAGGAAAUUCCCCAAUCAUUUGUUUCUAGGACAUAAGCAGCUGCAAGAUACAGCUGUGCAACCUGUACCCUUUAUGGUCAGACAAGACCCUAGUGCCUGCUGCCCUCCAGGAUGAAGGAGACACAGACUUGUCUCAGCAAUCCUUGAGUCUCUGUGGGGAAGUCCCAGUUUCCUUAUGGACCUAACAAUGUUCCACUCUUCACAACUGAAACUACAGAGCCUGACAGGGAUUUCCACAGCCGCUUCCGCUUUCCUGUGUGGCCAUGACCUCCCCCCCACAGCUACGCUGCAUGGAAAAUGGACAUAUUACCCUUGUACCAGAAGAAAAUGCCGUCUAAGUACUUUCAAGAACACAACAAACGGAAGUUCUCAGAUUCCCUUAACAGCCAGCGCUGGAGAUUCUUGAAAAGUGGCCUGGAUGAUUUCAGAAGCGGCUUCCCUCCACCGUCUGACAACAUCAUCAUCUGUGGCACAAAGGGGCCUGUACCGAUUGUUCUGCGUAAUCGAGCAUCUGAUGCUUCACACAUGGCCCAGCAGAAGGGAAGUAAAAAGUGCACCAAAACCCAAGUCAGUCCUUCCAAGCUCAGUCCAUUGCAGAAAGCCAGGCGGGCUCACAUUGCACAGACAGAACACUGCCUGAGCCAACACCCCCUAGCACUCUACUCUCACCUGGAAGAAAGCAUCCCUCCAGAGCUUUUCGAAGAGGUUGUGGGCAUCCUGGAUCCUGAGAUGCGCUUGAGUAGUGAAGGUGGAUACGAGGAUUGUGACCGGGGCAGCCACACCCCUCAGCAAGGGCUGUAUCAGCCGGAGGAUGGGAAAAGUAAAGAAGCAUGUCCCAGGUCAUCAGCCCUCAGCAAGGUGUCCAAAGGCAAGAAUCCGCAGUACACCUACCUGUCCAAGAAAGAGGUAGCAGCAAGGGAAAAGGAGGCCAGUCUGAGCUACGUUCCGCCCCUGGAUGAGAACGUAAGGCGAGUGACUAAGGAGUUUUGUGACUGGGUGGAUUCUUUGGGAGGAGAAAAAUACAAAGUGGACGAAGCCACCAUUCUGAGCAUGUUUGACACUGGAUAUGAAACCAAGCUGGUGCUGUCUGUGCCCAUCCAUGUUGUGGAACUAAACAAUGUGCCAGCAGAGCUGAGAAAGUAUAUGGGUGUUUCACCUCCACCAACCGCUGUCAAGAGUCCUCUGCGGAACAGGUGCCGCCCAUGCCUUGCCGAGGAUCCAUCCCAACCAAAAUGGGAGAAGAUCAGGUAUGGAGCCUGGUACCUUGAACCAAAAACAUGGAGAAAACAAAGAGCAAAUGAACCUUUAGAGGAUCCAAAUACAGCAGUGGAUACUGUUCAGAAUUUAAGGAACCAGUUUAGUGAAAAGGAGGCAGAGCUCAUGCAGCUCCAUGGAACACAGGCUUUUAAGGAAUUCCUCGAAAGGAAGGGCUACCGGAAGCCUGAGUUCCUCCUGCAGAUGCUGGCUGCAGGGGAUGCUAAUGGAGCACAAGAGCGGACUUCAAAGGGCUACAAGAAAGAGUCUCUGAAGAGACCCGAGGGGAUCAGAGAAGGAUCUUCCUCCACAAUUGUUAAUUAACACAGAGUUCUGACUUUAUUCACAAGAAACAGAAGCACUGAUGAAACUGCUCCUGGAAGUCCCCAAAAUAGUAAUCUCAAAGAUAGGUUGGUUGUUUCCUUCUUUCGAAAUUGCUAGUCAAAUACAGUUUAAAGAGAACUACUUGGAUUUAUGAAUUCCAGACACAUGCCAGCUGUCCUGGCUGCUCAGCCAUGGUACAGGCUGGCUGGGACACCCGGUUACGUACUAGAGAUUUCGGCUCGACUCUACUGCACUAAUUUAGUUAAGAAUCAUGGUCUGGUUUGUUACUUGCUAAGUACCAAUGUUAUGCUCAGUGCUGUGUUGUCCUUUUCCCGCAAGGAGCUUGCAAUCCAACAACUAGAUAAUUUCUUUAGGUGCAUAAAUGUUACCAAUCUAGGUGUCCCCAAGAGGCAUAGUGUCUCAAACCAAGUCUACGCUAGAAAAGGUUUGCCUUCAGAGGCAGUGUAGCUUAUACCAUUCCCCAAGUGAAAUAAGCUAUACGGCAAAAGCACUUUUAUGAUACUGUCUAUGCUAUGGCUUCUGCUGGUAUAGAAAUUCAUUUUAAAAGAAAAAUCACCUCCUUUAACCAAUGUUGUUAUAUCAGCAAGAGUUCUAGUGUAGACGUGGCCUCAGAGCAGCGUUUCUUCCCUGAUUACUGUUUGCACCAGGCAUAGGUACUGGAAGGAGAGGUGCAGGGGGUGCUGCAGCACCCCCAGGUUUUGUGCCCACCGGCCCCGCAUCCCUGCCAUCUGCCAUCCCGGUCACCAGCCCCUGCCACCCGCUGUCCUGGCCACCAUCCCUGCUGCCACCCAGGGGCUCCGCUGCCAGCCCUGGGUCCUGCUCAGUGACCCACCCCAGGUUCUGCUCGGCCACUGACCCCAUGCCCCAGGGCUCCGCUGCCGGCCCAGAGUCCCGCUCAGCCACUGUCCUCAGGGGCUGCACUGCUGGCCCCAAGGUCUCACCCAGCCACCAGCCCUGGAUGCAGGGUCCUGGCCGCUGGCCCCAAAGUCCUGUCCACUGACCCCUGGAUCCUGGCCACUGGUCCCUGGGUCCUGGCCGCCAGCCCUGGGAUCCUGGCCCCGCAUGAGAGGUCUCGGCUGCUGGCCCCCAGCCUGGGCCUUCGCACCCUCCUCUAGCUGUGGACUCAGCCUGCACCGCCUUAUCCCGUCUGCGUCCCCCUUCCCGGAGCCACGGCCCUGCUCCUGGCCCCAGCUCUAGGGGGUGGUGAGGGGCACAGACAGGGGCAAGAGGGGUUCAGCUCUGCACCCCCACUCCAAAAACUGUUCUGACGCCGCCGGCACCAGAAGGAGGGGAAUGUAGACAUUUGUGGCUGGCCUAUAUGCCUGCAGCUCCCAGUGGGGCAGUGCAGCUCUGCAUCACCUCCUGUGUUUUACAGGCACAUUAGAGGGAAGCAGAGGAGGGAGAACGAAGGAGGAAGGAAUAAUUUUGUGAGAGGAAGAAAGCUGGAAGAGCAGAGUAACUGGCUGAGGGGAGCUCUGGGGACAGAGCUGAAUGCAGAAUGUGCAUUACAUUAUAGUCCCUUAAUGUGCUUUUUUCCUUGCAGAUUUUUACUGCCAUCUGGCCUGGCCAGCCUUGGUUGAUCUCUGUUGUCCACACUUGGUUCGCUGCAGUCUGGCAGCGUCUUUGAGGAGCAGGGCCCUAUUCAAUUAAUCUUGAUGUACAUUUCAGUCUUUACUGCAGAUUGUCCAGCCAACCCUGCUUCCAGCUUUGGAAUAAGUGUAGAUUUCCCUUUACUGAAAGGGUCUCUAAAAAGCUAGCAAAAAUCUCUUUGUUAGUCUCAAACUAGUGAGAGCAGCACCACACGGUUACAAAUUAGCAUGAGGACAACAAACUCACCGCCCUGGAGUAUUUAGAGCAGGUGAGCAUAGGACGCCAUCAGUUUGUUAAAAAGCCAAGCUCUGAAUACUUUGUGCAGUGUCUAGGGACAAAAAUAGCUCUGGUCAAUACAUCCCUGUGCAUCCUGAUACAGAAAUUAUUGCAAAUGGGAGAUGCCCUGGAAAAGAACCGUGUCUGAUCUUAUAGGCCAAUGGUAGAGAAGUCAGGAGGGGGCACCACCCACUACAGUGGUGGCAGCAUCAGCAGGAAGUCCUGCCUCACUGAAUUGCUUAGAUAAAGAACAGAGAUGGAAUAUUUUCUUCAUGACAAUCAUGUCUAUUACAUCAGACACAAUUACUCACAUAUAGCCUAGUCCCACAAGCUACACAGUGAUCUAAAGUCUUUGCCAAGCAAUGUAUCCGCCAUCAAUGUUCCUCUCCCAAAAUUCGCUAGGCAGCACCUAAACGCUUUCCUCCUCUAACACUAACAGAGACCUAGGAGGGCCUGUGUUAUAAACAGCCCCAGACUGCUCCUCUUCCCAGCAUGUUGUGCUAAGAGGAGAUGAACUGUUUCCUCCCUCUUUCAAUAGUCAGGGAAGGACCAAUCUCUCGGCCUGUUUUCUGUUUGGCUGGUUUGUUUGCUUGGUUGGUGCUUUUUGCCUAAACCCAGGCCACCCCUGUCUGAUAACGAGGCCGAGGCCGGGGGAAUCUGAGGUCUAGAUACCCCUCCUUCAGUCUCAGAGUCCUAAAUAAACAAUUUGGAGGGACUCAGUCCUGCUUUCUUAAAAAUGUGGAGUGAAAUCCUGGUGCUAUUGAAGUCAAUGGGGCCAGGAUUUCACCCAUGGCCUUUCCUACCUGCCAGGGAUGGCUUGCUGUGUUACAAAUGCUUAUUAAAACAGAAGAGAGGGUCUGAGCAUGUAAACCUGCUAGAAAAAGCCUCCUGUUCCUCUUUACUUUGCUUUCCCCCACCCCCCAGAUGAGAUUCCUCUGUUGGUAUUACUGGGUGCCCCAAACUGUGCUUCAGUAGGGAUUUGGGGACCUAGGCUCCAGUUCUGCUCCCUUGGAAAUAAAAGGGAAAACUCCCAUGGACUUCACAGAAGCAGUAUAGGGUUUCUAGUGAGUGAUGUGGAGGUAACCUAGUGAGUGUGGGCUUGUUGCAUGUCUUCUGGGACUGUCCUGUUUACUGAAACCAAAUUUGUGCCUUCUUCUAACCCCAUUUUAUUGGGCAUAGUAUUCUGGGUGGGUUUUUUACACUCUCUGAGAGCACGUGCUCUCCUCUGGCUGUGUAGCACCAGCUAUGAGAACAGUUAUUCCUACAUUUUCAAAGCAUGGCACCAGCUUUUGCCCAUGAGACUUGCUGUAAAGUCCACUUGAAUCCCCCUAGGAGGAGGGACCAUUCUCUGAGCCCAGGUGGGCAGAGACAGACUGUGCCCACCCCUCCCACCGGAAGUUAAGAGGCGGAACAGGAAGUAUAAAGGGCAGGUCCUGGACCUCAGUUGGGCGGCAGCUGCCAGAGGAGACAGACACCUCCUGACCAUUCCUGAGGCUGGAAACCGAAGAGGAGCCCUGCCGAGCUGAGGGCUGGCUAGAGCUGCCAGCCGACUGAGGCGUCACUGGGACUGCCGCUGGCCAUCUACCCUGGAGAAACCGUCAACACCCACGCCUACAGGUACACCCCACGGGGAGGAAGUGGCCCAGCGACGGCCGACUCCAGUGCUGCCUGAAACCUGGUCGGUGUGUUGCGGCCAGGAUCCCCACUGACCUCUGCCACUGUUAGGGCCCUGUGCUGGGACAGGGUCUCUCCCUCCCCCCUCGACUUUAGGCCAAGAGGCCUGCAUUUAUCAGCCACCCCCCCAGAGCCAGGACACCCAACUAUUUGGUGCUCUGCACCUGCCUGCUCUGAACGUUUACUGCUCUGCCCCUUAUAGCCGGAGCCCCUUCAGACGGUGAGUCCGCUCCACCCCGGAGUCUCACGCCAGCCUUUGCUAACUCCCCAACUGCGGGCAGCGCCCACUAAUGUAGUGAGGCAGACUGGCCUCCCACUAACCCAGAGGAGGGACCACCGCUAGCCCACUACACUCUGGCACACAGGAAGUCUGUGGCAGAGCAGGGAAUUGAACUCAGGUGUCCCAAGGCCUAGGCUGGUGCCCUAACCACUGGACUGUCCAUCCUCAGUCUCAUUCAAGUGUGACUCCCAGGCAUACCCAAAACUCCCACUCUCUUAAAGGCCUUACUCUGACAUAUGUUACCACUAGGAAUUUGUUGACAGUCAGGAAGGACUACAGUGGAUGCUAAGCCCUGCCAUGAGACAAGGAAUAUUGAACUUUUGUAACCCUGACCUUAACAGGUGACUGGAGUCCAGAAAUAAAGUUCAGUUUCUUCCCAGUACUUUUGUGUGUCACAAAGCUCCUACAUGCUUAAUACACUGCCAUUAGCAAAGGCCCAGAAUCUCACAACAAGAUGCUCCAAGUUCCUGUGUCCACAUUUUAGCCCCCAAAUAAGUGGUCUGGCUUUCAGAAGUACUGCGUACCCAGAAAGUCACUGACGUCAAGAGUGCUUUCUCUUUAACCAUGUCAGGACAGUACACUAUAGCAAUAUUUGAUCUUGAAGGCUUUCUUCCUCCUUUAUGUGUUUUUUAUUUCUUAAUUAAUCUGAUGAACUAUCUUAUUUCAUAACGUGGAAAAAAUAAAAUUGGACAUGUAUGCCAUUUAAUGUCAGGCUGUGAUAUAAAUUGGCUCAAAAGGCUAUUUUAAUCUUCUGUAGCCUCUGAUUUUGUUGAUCAAGUCUGGGUGCUACAAAGGUGGUUGUCUCGUUGGUAGGGAAGGUGUUUUGGAUUUGAAGUGGCAGCCCUGAUGACAAGCACUGUUUUGGUUUCUAU